GCUCUAGCCCCACCUCAAACGCUGGCUGUGCAGGCAUCUCUAUCUAUCAGCACCAAGCACCACCACUCCUCCCCUGAGUCUAUCGUGAGCUCCGGCCACGAGUGUGCAUGCACAAAUGCCAUCCAUAUUCACACACAAAAAUCGUUCAAAGCAGGUGUUGAAUGAUCGUCUUUUUGAAAGAAAUUCAAAUCAAUCCAGCAGCGGAGGGCAAAAUUCUGGUGCAGCCUCUCCUAACUUCGCCGCCUCAGACGAGGAGCACAACACACGAAAUCCCCAACAUCAAGGAUUCGUCCAACAACCUUCGCGCCCUGAAGCUCAGCAGCAGGAUCAACAACAGCCGUCCUACAACGCGCCAAAUAUCGUGCCAGACAUUGAUUAUCGAGUCCAACAAAAGCCCACCGAGGUCCCGACCCGGUCGCAGUCGACGCGGUAUUCCACUGGCUACCAACAACCUCCUGCUGCUCCCCCGCAGAGUGGAUCGAGUGACGACCUGGGUCUGAACUCCAGAAGAUAUCAACAGCAGGGUGGAGCCCAAACACUGCAAGCACCUGCCGCCGAACCCAAGAACAAGAAGAGUAUUUUUGAUCGGAUGAGAUCGUCGGGUCGAAGCUCUGAAUCGAAACCUCCUUCCCAAGCAUCCUACAACAACACCACUGGGCUAGCUCGAAGGUUGUCCAAGAAAGAAAACCCUCCGGUUAUUCGCACCGCACCACACUCAGCGCAGAGGGAAUCUGGAGAUCUGUCGCAGAGGGCUGAUUGGCAAUUUCCAGCAGAUUCACGAUCACACCUGCCUUCACCGCAAGAAGCAAACGAAGACGGUUUGGAUCCAUAUCUUAUCAGAGAAUCAGAGCCGGUACGGAGACAAUCACAAGCCGGGCUGCUCAAGGAGGAAAUUCACCAGCAACCUACCAUACGACCUGUUCAGAGUGAACCUGAACCCCCAAUCUAUACCACCGACGAGGAUCGCCAGCAAUUCGAGGCACAACAAUUACGAGAGCAACAAAUUCACCACCAAGCUUCUGAAUCCUCCUCGCAGAUUUAUUACCAACCACCAGGUCAACCACAUCUCAAUAUUUCUCCGACUUCACUAGAUCCAGGUGAAGGAUAUCGGCAGCAGAAUCCCGAGACCGUCUCUCAGCUGUCAGCGUACGAAUCGCCAACAGAGCCUCAACAAGAGCAGCGUCCUGUAUCUGUCCAAUCGCAGAACGGACAAUCACCGACAGCCCAUCCUCAAGCACGAGAGUAUCCCAAUCGCACAACCUCAAUUCCUCCACAAGGUCCACGACCGCUGUCUCAGCACUUAGGUAGCAUGGCUCCUCCUCCAGGUGCUGCAUCUGUAAGCCGAAGGGCUCCAGAAACAAAGACUUCAAGUAACCAAGGACAGGGACAAUCCGAAUCUCGCGAUGGUCCACCACCCAACUAUUCGCGUGGUGCCUUCCCCACUCCCCAGCCACCUACACCUGGCAUGAAUCCAGCACCAGCCGGUGCCUCUGUACCGCCUUAUAGAGGCGGUCCUCCACAAAGAGGAGAACAAUAUGCAGCUACGGAGCAAGGACGUAGUACUCCACCUCCAGCACCAAGCGAACGAGACGUCAACGACGCAUACAAGGAGCUAUUAACGAAAUACAAGAAGGUGAAAGGCCUAUAUUUUGACAAAACAGCCCAGGUCGAGCAAUUACAAAAUACCCUUGCCAAUCAACGACUAUCACAGUCAAGAACCUCUCUCGAUGACAGCGAAUACAUGACCCGCUUCCAACGGCUAGAUGGCGCUAUCACCAAUCUCGCAUUCAACAUCCGCAAAGAGUGGAGAUCCGUCCCAAACUGGUUAUCACAAUACGUGAACCAAGACGCGAUCAAGAUAGGCAAGCAAGAGAUGACUGCCGUAGGCCGAGCCUGCAUAACCAAAUUCCUCGUUGAGGAAAUCUUCACAAAUUGUUUCCAUCCCGGGCUCGAAGGCGGAUUAUCCGCCGAUCUAAAGAACAUCGAGCAAAACAUUCGCCGCUUCUCGCCCCAAUUAAACAACCAAGAAGAAUCAGACGCCCUAACAGCUAAGGUUCUACAAUGGCGUCUCGCCACCCUAGAUGGAUUAAAAGAUGUCCUCUCCUCUCCCGAAUCAGAAGAACACAAGAAGCAAUUCUCCCGCAUGGCAACAGCGAAUCUGAGCGCCAACCUAAUCAACUAUCUAUCAGAACCAGUCCCAGCAGGAAUAGAAGACAGCGCACACAUGAUCGUCGAGCUCGCCGUGAGCGUAGCGUCCAACCUCCCGCUCGAAAGCAGAGAUAUCUCAAUCGUGUAUCCCAUGCCAGGCGAUAUGCUGCAACCCUCGAUGAUGAAAGUCGAGUCUCAGAUCCCCGUCCUGGAAACCUCUAUCUCAGACACGGCGACGGAAGGAGAUACAGCUAGCACAGCGAGCGCAGAUAAGGACGAGAACGAGAAGGGAGAGAGUAAAGACGGCAAACUCAGAAAGGAGAAACCGAAGACAGGCAUGCUGCAGGCGAUGAUGGGGAGCAGUAGUAGCGCAGGCCAGAGCCGAAAGGGGUCCGUUGCUGAACCUAGCAGUGAAGGCAAAAAAGCCGCUGCUGAGGAUGGGGCGCAGAAAGUUAGGUUUGCGGGUUUCGUGGGCGUGGAGGUUAGGGGGAGACAGGUACUUGUUAAGGCUCCUGUUUGGACGGUUGCAUGAGAGUCAAAGGGUAUAAAAGUUAGGUGGGUAGAAUAGGGGUGUGGGAUGUGGAUACGACGAGACAUGAUAUGAGACUUAUGAAUUUUUAUGUAUUUACAUGAUACCAUCUCA